AAUUUCCACCGACAAGAGCCUUCUCUCUACAAAUCUAGAAGCCUCUGUUACACCGACAGAAGGCUCUAUAUAUACCGAACUUAGCUGACAAUUUCGGGUUGCCACAGAAAGUCCAGAAACCCGUCAAGCAGAAAAAGGAGAGAGAGAGAGAGAGAGAGAGAGAGAAAGAGAGGGAUUCAGGAAAGGGGAUUCUCACCUCAUCAUCUCAGCGAGUGAAAGGGAGAGAGUGCUGUUCGAUCCUUUAUUGUUGCUCUAUGUAAAUGUUGUUGUUUCUGUUCGUUUUGGCUUUUUAGGAGUAAUCGAUCAAAGACUAUUGGAUUAGAAGGUGGAUUAGAAGAUUCUUUCUUUGCUAUUUGAACGAUCCCACCACAACCACCACUGAAGCUUUCCCGUUUCUCAAUUCUGAAAAAAAAUUAGGUAGAGCAUUUGAGGUGUUGUCAAUUGUGAAGUUGCUGCUACCGACAUUCCAAUAUCAUCUUUUUCAGUGAUGUCAACAGAAAGUGGAAAGAAGAGCAAAUUUUUAGGAGGCGAUAAUAGCAGUCAAAAGAGAGGACAAAGAAUGCUUAAUGAUCAGAAUCUGACUACUCUUUCUAACAAGACCAUGGAUUGUAGAAGAAAAUCAAGAAGAUGGAGAGAAGAACUUUUGUUUGCAGUAUCUGAGACAUUGAUCAUCCAAGAGAAUCAGAGUCAGACUUGCAGCAGCAAUGAUCAAAAUGGGAUGUCAACAAACAGUGGAAAAAGGAAACUAAGAAGAGUGUCAGAAAGUGAUCUUGCUAAUAUGAGCAUGGAUUGUCGAAGAAAAUCAAGAAGGUGGAGAGAAGCAUCUAAGCCAGUGCUAAUAGAAAAGAAUCCGACUUCCGAGAGUAAUGAUGAAAAUGGCGAUGCAUCUAACUAUUGUGGUCAAGGAAGUAGAAAUGAUCAACAAAAUUCUGACGUGCUUCCCCAUGAAAAUUCAGAUGCUUAUAGUACAUAUAUGAUAGGGCUGAUUGUGAAAUAUGAGGACUCUGGAGACAACGUCUGUAAUUGUACUUAUUGCGGUGCAUACUUUUGGCACGAAGAAGCUAUAAAACAAUCAUCUAUAAAUGCGCAACUCAUAUAUACAAAUUGCUGUAAGAAAGGACAGAUUAAGCUUCCACAACCUAGACCAACUCCUAAUUUUCUUAGAACAUUAUUGAAUGACAAAAAUUUUAAAGAAAAUAUUCGAGUUUAUAAUUCAAUGUUCUGUUUCACGUCAAUGGGAGCAAAAAUUGAUCAUAAAAUAAAUACUGGAUCAGGUCCUUACAUAUUCAAAAUCAAUGGACAAGUACAUCAUUUAAUGGGUUCUGUGUUGCCUUUUGAAGGUGAGUCUCCUAAAUAUGCUCAAUUAUAUGUAUAUGAUACUAGAAAUGAAAUUGCAAAUCGUAUUAAUGCUAUUGACCCUGCUCUUGUUAAUCAAAAUAUUAGAUCAGAUAUCGUUGAAGGACUUAUUAAGAUGUUCGAUGAAAUUAAUGAAUUAGCAAAACAAUUUCGCAUUAUGAGAGAUAAAUUUGAAAACCGUUCUUUACCUUCAUUUAAAAUGAGCAUACUUGAUCGCCGCUCUAUCGAUGAUAAACAAUAUGAAAAGCCAGUGAAUGAUGAAAUUGGUGGUUUAAUUGUCGGUGAUAUUGGCGAAUAUAAUUCAAAUAAAGAUAUAAUUAUUGAAUCAAAUAGUGGAUCCUUACAACGAGUUUCUAAAAUACAUCCGAAAUAUAUGUCAUUGCAAUAUCCAAUUCUUUUUCCAUACGGUGAAGAUGGAUAUACACCAGAUUUACAAAUGGAACAAAUAGGAAAAAAUCGUGCGCAAAAAAGAGAGAAGAUGUCAAUGCGAAGUUAUAUUGCAUAUCAAAUACAAGAUAGAAAUUAUGAAACAAAUACUUUAUUACAAGGUGGACGAUUAUUUCAGCAAUUCUUAGUAGAUUCAUAUGCAACUGUUGAAGAAUAUCGUUUAGAUUGGAUCAGAAAAAAAAAAAAAAAAUCUUAGAACAGAGAUUUAUAAAGAUCUUUAUACUGCAGCGUCAGCUGGAAUUAAUAAAGGUUAUGACUUAGGACAAAGAAUUAUUUUACCAAGCUCUCAUACUGGAAGUCCUAGAGAUAUGAUCAAUAAUUAUCAUGAUGCUAUGGCAAUUUGCAGACAAUAUGGAAAUCCUGAUUUAUUCAUUACUUUUACUUGCAAUGUUAAGUGGAGAGAAAUAUCAAGAUAUUUUGAAAAAAAUCCUACAUGUAGAGUUGAAGAUAGACCUGAUAUAAUUUCAAGAAUUUUUAAAAUAAAAUUACAAAAUAUGAUUGCUUAUAUCAAGUCGGGAGAACCUUUCGGAGAAGUUGAAGCAGGUAAGUUUCAACACAUUAUUAUAUUAUAUUAUUUUGUUUGUUGUUUUUUGUUGUAUAAAUUUUGAAAAUAUUGAAAACUGAUAACAAUUUCUUUUAUAUUGUAUUAUUUUGUUUAUUGUUUUUUGUUGUAUAAAUUUUGAAAAUAUCUAAAACUAACUGAUAACAAUUUCUUUUUAAAUACAGAUGUUUCUACAAUAGAAUUUCAAAAAAGAGGACUUCCCCAUGCUCAUAUGUUAUUUUGGUUGAAAAAACAUUACAAAUGUUACACAGCAGAUGAUAUAGAUUCGAUUAUUUCAGCAGAAUUACCGGAUAAAAAUGCAAAUCCAGAACUUUUUGAAAUUGUUAGUCAAUUUAUGAUUUAUGGACCUUGCGGACAAAUAAAUUUAGGCUCUCCAUGCAUGAGAGAUGGAAAAUGUUCUAAAUUUUUUCCAAAACCAUAUAAUACAAAAACUGUGUUUGAAGCA